UUGCAAGCCGAGAAGAGAAAGCCGGAGCUGAUUUUCUGGCUCAGCCAGACAGGUCGGGCCCUCCCAGUGGUGCUUAGCAGAUCUGACAGCCACCUGCUCUGGGGGAUCUGGAGCACACGAGGAUUAGCUCCCAGAAUCUGAAGGUCCCUUGCCAGAUCGUUCGGGUGACAGGUACCCAAAGCUGCUGACUUCCUUCUGGACUUUUAAAAUCUGUACGAAGGUGUGACAAGGCGUUGCCAUGUGGAAGAAGGAAAUUGGCUUCUUGGCUGGCAUCCUGUUUUUCCAGUUGACAAUUAACGCGGCAGGAGGACGCCAGUGCUCUGCCAGGAAUUUUGGGCAUGGCUCGUUGGUGUGCGAAUGUGGCGCCUCCUACUGCGACACAUUAGAGCCCGUCUCCCUUCCUCCCUUGGGCUCUUUCGUCAAGUAUGAAAGCAACAAGGCUGGGAAGCGCGUGGAGCCCAGCGAAGGAAGAAUGCAAGAGGGGCCUCCACAAACAGCUCAUCUACAGCUGAAGCUCAAGACGUCUCAGAAAUAUCAGAAAAUCAAAGGCUUUGGUGGGGCUCUCACGGACUCUGCAGCAAUCAAUAUCCUGGCGCUGUCCCCAAAGGCUCAGACGAACCUUCUCAAAUCUUACUUCUCGGACCAAGGGAUCGAGUACAACUUAGUCCGCGUCCCCAUGGCGAGCUGUGACUUCUCUGUGAGGCUGUACACGUACGACGACUCCGAAAAUGAUUUUGAGCUGAAGAACUUCAGUUUGACGGAGGAGGAUACCAAAAUGAAAAUCCCUAUUCUUCAGCAAGCCCAAGCUGUGGCUCCAAAGCCCAUUUCCCUCUACGCCAGCCCCUGGACCUCACCGACCUGGAUGAAAACCAACGGAGCCAUGACGGGCCGUGGGACCCUGAAGGGGAAACCGGGGGACAAGUACCACAAGACCUGGGCCAACUAUUUCAUCAGGUUCUUGGACGAAUACGCCAAGUACAACCUGACUUUCUGGGCAGUCACCGCCGGGAACGAGCCGACGGCUGGAGACAUCGUCUUCUACCCGCUCCAGUGCCUGGGCUUCUCCCCGGAGCACCAGCGGGAUUUCAUUUCCCAAGACUUGGGGCCAGCCUUGGCCAACAGCUCUUACAAGGGCAUCGAGCUCAUAAUUCUCGAUGAUCAGAGAAUCAUGCUGCCGUACUGGGCCAAAGUGGUUCUCAAAGACCCUGCAGCCGCUCAGUAUAUUAACGGCAUUGGCAUCCACUGGUAUUUGGAUUUCCUGGCCCCCAUCGACUUGACCCUGCCCAUCACCCAUCACCUCUUCCCCGAGUACUAUCUCAUCUCCACCGAAGCCUCUACUGGCUCCUACUUUUGGGAGCCCCGCGUGGUGCUUGGAGGUUGGGACCGUGGCAGCAAGUACAGCCACAGUAUUCUUGCGAAUCUCAACAACUAUGUCACAGGCUGGACGGACUGGAACCUGGUUCUGGACAUGGAAGGAGGCCCCAACUGGAGCAGGAACUACGUGGACAGCCCGAUUAUUGUUGACGCAGCCAACGAUGUCUUCUACAAGCAGCCCAUGUUCUACCACAUGGCCCAUUUCAGUAAGUUCCUCCCAGAGGGGACUCAACGCAUUGGCAUCCAGAGCAGCAGAUGGAACGGCUUAGAAUAUUCGGCUUUCCUGCGCCCGGACGGUUCGGCAGCUGUGGUGGUCUUGAACAGGUCCCCCAAAGACGUACCUUUUGGCAUCACCGAUCCCGGCGUGGGCUACAUCCCGGCUGUGGCGACUGCAGAUUCCAUCCAGACCUACCUGUGGAAACGGCCCGCGGGCGAAGCGGAGCAGCCCAGCUCCAGAUAACCACGGCGCUAAAAUGUUUGCUUCACUCAAGAAGGGUUAACACUGCUGGGUAGAUUUGGGGCCAGGGUCCUGCGGAGGGGUCUGUGAACAGAAAGGCCUGCAUGAACCAGGACGAGGUGGUCGAGAAGGGGUGCCCAAAACCCCAAAAUGCCAUCGUGACCAGAAUUGGCACAGUAAAUAUUCUCAGGGUGCCCCGUCCUCCCUGCCCGCUUCCCCCUGGUUAGUCAGCGUUAAUCUAUCAUCACUCUCCGUGUCCUCCUCGUUGGCUCAGAGUUUCCUCCAGUCUUCAGACAUUUUCAUAGAAUAAA